AGAGCCAUUUCCGGCGGGCCGAAACUAGGAAGAAACUUGGAGGUGCUCGGACGCUCCAGGCACGAUCUCCGCUGGUCCUGUUGCCCGUGGCCCGGGCCGCGCUGAGCUGUCGGGACACCUGGCCAUGGGGCAGCCCGGGCCUUCCGCAGUGUGAGGCGCAGGGCCUCCUGCGGGCUCCUGUGACAGGCCGACGGUGGGCGGGCGGGAGGCGUCGUUUCAGCCACGGUCGCGGCCACAGCCGCCGGCCCUGGCCCCGGCAUCAUGAACAUAGACGUGGAGUUCCACAUCCGACACAAUUACCCCUGGAGCAAGCUGCCUGCCAACGUGAGACAGAGUCUUGGAAAUUCACAGAGAGAAUAUGAAAAGCAGGUUGUCUUGUACAGUAUUCGCAAUCAGUUACGAUAUAGAAAUAACUUAGUUAAACAUGUCAAGAAAGAUGAACGCAAAUACUAUGAGGAACUACUAAAGUACAGUCGAGAUCACCUCAUGCUGUACCCUUACCAUUUAUCAGAUAUCAUGGUGAAGGGCCUGAGGAUAACACCAUUUUCGUACUAUACUGCAAUUAUGGAGGACAUUAUGAACAGUGAGAAAAGUUACGAUUCAUUGCCCAAUUUUACUGCUGCUGACUGUCUAAGGCUUCUUGGCAUAGGAAGAAACCAGUAUAUUGAUCUUAUGAAUCAGUGUAGAUCAUCAAAAAAAUUUUUCAGAAGGAAAACAGCCCGUGAUCUUCUACCAGUAAAGCCAGUGGAAAUUGCCAUAGAGGCAUGGUGGGUGGUGCAGGCUGGAUAUAUCACAGAAGAUGACAUCAAGAUAUGCACUUUGCCUGAGAAAUGCGCUAUUGAUAAGAUCAUCGAUUCAGGCCCUCAACUCUCUGGAUCACUAGAUUACAAUGUAGUACAUAGUUUAUAUAACAAAGGAUUUAUUUAUCUGGAUGUACCAAUAUCUGAUGACAGUUGUAUAGCAGUUCCUCCUCUUGAAGGUUUUGUAAUGAAUCGAGUACAAGGUGAUUAUUUUGAAACUCUACUCUAUAAGAUAUUUGUUUCAAUAGAUGAGUACACUAAUGUUGCAGAGCUUGCAAAUGUCCUUGAGAUAGACUUAUCCCUGGUUAAGAAUGCUGUUUCAAUGUAUUGCCGAUUGGGUUUUGCCCAUAAGAAGGGACAAGUAAUAAAUUUGGAUCAACUUCAUUCAUCAUGGAAGAAUGUUCCAUCCGUAAACAGAUUAAAGAGUACUUUGGAUCCACAGAAGAUGCUCUUAUCAUGGGAUGGUGGGGAAAGUAGGAGUCCUGUACAAGAAGCUUCAUCAGCUACUGACACUGAUACAAAUAGUCAAGAAGAUCCAGCUGACACUGCCAGUAUAAGCAGUCUGAGUCUAUCUACAGGAUACACAAAGCGUAUCGCAUUUCUAUUUGACUCAACUCUUACUGCCUUCUUAAUGAUGGGAAAUCUUUCACCAAACUUGAAGAGUCAUGCAGUCACAAUGUUUGAAGUAGGCAAACUCUCAGAUGAGUCUCUGGACAGCUUUCUUAUAGAACUAGAAAAGGUUCAGAGCACUGGUGAAGGAGAAGCACAGAGAUAUUUUGAUCAUGCACUUACUCUGAGAAACACAAUAUUGUUUCUGCGUCAUAAUAAAGAUCUAGUUGCGCAAACUGCACAGCCAGACCAACCCAAUUAUGGUUUUCCUCUGGAUCUCUUACGCUGUGAAAGCCUUCUUGGUUUGGACCCAGCAACUUGCAGCAGAGUUCUGAACAAAAAUUACACGCUGCUUGUUUCCAUGGCUCCCCUCACCAAUGAAAUCCGGCCGGUCAGCAGCUGUACCCCUCAGCAUAUUGGACCAGCUAUCCCAGAAGUCAGUUCUGUCUGGUUUAAACUGUAUGUUUAUCAUAUUACUGGACAAGGACCACCAUCUCUUUUACUGUCCAAAGGUACAAGACUUCGAAAAUUGCCAGAUAUAUUCCAGGGUUAUGAUCGAUUACUAAUAACAUCUUGGGGUCAUGAUCCUGGGGUAGUUCCUACAUCAAAUGUGCUCACGAUGUUGAAUGAUGCUUUAACACAUUCUGCGGUUUUAAUUCAGGGACAUGGUUUGCAUGGGAUAGGAGAAACUGUCCAUAUACCAUUUCCAUUUGAUGAAACAGAACUACAAGGAGAAUUCACUCGUGUCAAUAUGGGUGUUCAUAAAGCAUUGCAAAUAUUAAGAAACAAAGUGGACUUGCAGCAUUUCUGUGGAUAUGUCACCAUGUUGAAUGCUUCCAGCCAACUUGUAAAUAGAAAACUCAGUGAUGCUUCUGAUGAGAGAGGAGAACCUGAUUUAGCUUCUGGCUCAGAUGUAAAUGGAAGUACAGAAUCAUUUGAAAUGGUCAUUGAGGAAGCAACUAUAGAUUCAGCAACAAAGCAAAUCUCUGGUGCCAUAACAGAAGUAGAUUGGGUUCCUCUCGAGCUGUGUUUUGGAAUUCCACUGUUUAGUUCUGAAUUAAACCAGAAAGUUUGUAGGAAAAUUGCUACACAUGGCCUUUGCAGAAAAGAGAGCCUUCAAAACCUCUUACAUUCCAGUAGAAAACUUUCUCUACAAGUCCUUAACUUUGUUCACUCAUUCCAGGAAGGUGCUUCAACACUGGAUAUUCAUGCAGAGCCCAGUUUUUCGAGUUUGCUUUCACAGUCAUCUUAUGCUGAUAUGGGAGUUCCACUUCCUGCAAAAAACUUAAUAUUUAAAGAUGGCAUCUUAUCAGAAUGGAGUGGACAGUCACCUUCCUCACUUCUAAUUGCUAAUCUCCAUUUGCAAUAAUUUGGUUACACCAUUUGUUGCUCACACUUUCUGCCUUUUUUCUUUCUGAACGUUAGCUUUAUGGUGUCAGCCACUAAAAAGCACCCUGCUGCUGCAGUGCAAUUCUUGCUUAACUGAUAGUAAAAGUUUGGGGAACAUGUUCAUGUUUUCUGAAGUUUUGCUCAUUAUGCAUAUCUUAUUGCAACAAAGUGCUUUUUAGCAGCCAGCACUGUAUUUUUUACCUUGAGACAAUCUGCGUUUCUUUUAUAAAACUAAGGAUGUACUUUAUAGGCUUUACGAUGACUGUUAUGUUUAUAAGCAGUCACUAUGAAUAUUACAGUGGUAAUUUUUUAUAUGUUAGUUUAUCAAACAUAAAGUCUUGUUUAGUUUUAUAUUUUGUUACCUAUACUUUAGGGGAUCAAGGGAAGAGAUAGAACUCUUCCUCUGAAAAGGCUUCUUGGUACUUAAAGUAGUAAAAGUAUAAAACAAUAAACAUCCAAUACUGAGAGAUGAUAUGAUGGGGCAUUAAGAAUUCCUGUGGACGUCUGUAAAUUAUGUAUAUCAGUUGAACGUUGUUGAAGGUAUGUAAAUCAGCAUAGUUAUGUAUAAUUUAACCUUGAUAAGGUCUUAGACUAUGACUAUUCAGUGACAUCUCAUAAGAAGCUUUGGAAAACAUUCUAUUUUUGAACACUGUUUAUAUGUGGACUUCUGUUGUCACUCAUUUGGGGCUUUAUAUUUUCAUAGAGUCUUUAUGGAAAAAAAAUAGAAUUUAUUUUCCACUCUGGUAGCUGUAGCUGCUGCACGUUUUAACCCUGAUUUAUUUUUUGGUUCUUAGCUUUGAUGUUUUCAAACCAAGGAUUGUGAUUUUAGAUUAGAAUUAUAUAUUAGAAGCAUUAAGGCUGUGUCUUCGGAUCCAAACACUUCAGUGAUAAGCCUACUUUGAAGACAUAGUCUUAAGCAAUCUGGAUCUUAAAUUUAUGUGAAUAGUUUUUUAAGAAAUGAUAAAGAAAAAUUGACGAAUUUCAAAGUGUUUCUUGAGUCAUUGAUUCUUUUAGUAUCACAAAUGUUAAUUAGAAUAAUUGGAAUCACUUUUUAGACUUUUCAAGUUACCUUGCUUGGGAAGUUCGUGCAGUGUUAUAGUUUAGCUUCUCCUAUAGGGUAAUGGUUUGCUAGUUUAAAACUGUAACCAAACUAACUGGUUAGACAAGAUAUAUCUGAAACACUUAAAGAAUUAGAACAUUUGGGAAUGUUAUUAUAUAACCUAAACAUUUUUGCUGAUAAUUUUUGUUAUUUAUAGAACUGAUAUUUGUGUAUUUAACGUACUUCUGGAAAUAUAUGCCUUUCUUAAAACUCUUAUCAUAACCAUGUAUUCAAUACCAUGGCCUAUCUAUAGAAUUGAAUAUUUCGGACCAGGUUAUCUGUGGCACAGUCAGUGCUGUGUUUGGGGUAAAUGCAGUAGCAUCUAGUUUUCUACUUUGUCCUAUAGAAGGUAGAAACCAUGUGUAUGUUAUGUUUGUCCAGAAAAGGAAAAUACAUACUAAUAUUAAAAUAAUUUCUUAUGACUGUGAA